UUCAAUUGGUUCAUAUGGGGUCGAAUCAGCUGAGACCUCAGCCCCCUCACUACCAUAAAUUGAACUUUAAAGGUUAUAAAAAAAACAGUUGGAUGACCGCGGCGCUGUGGUUGCAGUGUUAAUAAACACGAUUUUUAAAUGAACCUUGCACCCGACUGAAAUCCAGUGCGACUUUCUUUGCAUUCGAUCAGCAAUGAAAGUUUGCGGGUUUUUUGCGUCAUUUUUUACUUUCACUUUCGUGUGUAAAAUUUGUUCAGCGCGGGACGCACAAAGUACAGUGGUUGAAACAAAAUGGCCGGUUCCAAACAAGAUCUAAUGGAAGACGAGUUAACCUGCCCGAUCUGCUUGGAGGUUUUCUCCGAACCUAAGAUGCUGUACUGCGGCCACAACUUCUGCAGCUCCUGUCUGGAGAACGUGCUGCGAAAGCAGGAGGAAAAAGGGGAGUACUCAUGCCCGGAAUGCAGCUGGGAGUUUCAAGACAAGCCGACCCCGAAAAGAAACUUUAAGCUGGCCAACAUCGUGGAGAUGUUUGAGGCCUCGCAGCGGCCCUCUUCUUCUGAGCCGAGAAAGACGCCUGGCUGCGACUUCUGUAGCGCCGCCGCCGAAAAGACCUGCUUAACCUGCGAGAUGUCGUUCUGCUCGCAACACCUGAAACCCCACCUGGACAAGCCCGCUUUGCAACUGCAUCGCCUGCUCGAUCCCUCCGGCGAGCUGACGGGUCUGAAAUGCGCGGAGCACGGAGAUGUUUUCAAACUGUACUGCAGCGACUGCAGAAAAUGCGUCUGCACUCUCUGCGUGGUGGAAGGGGAACACAAGACGCACUGCAUUAAAUCAUUGAAGAAUGCGCAACAUGAUGUGAAGAAGGCACUGGGGGAAAAUCUUCCGCUGAUAGUUGGCAAACUUGAAAUCUACAAAAACAGACUGCAGCAACAGCAAGAGGAGGAGUGUCAGUUAAAGAAACAUUUUGAAGGAAUCAAACGACGGAAGUCUGGCUGUUUUGAGAAGCUGCAGCUCCAUAUGCAGGAGUAUAAAACUCAGAUGGAGGCGGGCAUUGCCUGUGCAGAGGAUCAAGCCUGCAGGGACAUCGAGACCAAUAUCCAGAGACUGACGCAGGAGCACAGCGACCUGCAAGAGAUCCGUACCUGCCUGGAGAACGUGGUGGCAGAAACCGAUCCAUUCCAGUGUAUCCAGGGGUUCCUCUCUGUGGAAGAAAGAGUAGAUAAGGCAGUACAGGAACAGCAUGGAGAGCUGGGAGCGACACCGCUUGAAAAGAACAACCCCCUCCGAGACUGUGAACUGAAGUUUGAGAAGUUCAGAAGUGAAAUUGAGAAACUGCACCAGAUUCUGCAAAGUGUGAAACUCAGGAUACAAGGUUUCCAGGAACUGACAUUCGACCCCAACACAGCUUCUCCCAAACUGAUGCUGUCUGAGGAUCGCAGGACAGUGAGGGGUACUAAAGAGAGCCAGCCUCGGCCUGAUCACCCAGAGAGGUUUGACUAUCACCCCCAGGUGCUGUGCACUCAGAGAUUCACCUCUGGGUGCCACUGCUGGGAGGUGGAGGUGGUGGAGUCUGGGAACUGGGCAGUCGGGCUGGCUAAUAAGACCAUGCCGAGGAAAGGCUGGGAUAACGCCGCCCUUCUGGGCUACAACGCUGACUCCUGGUGUGUGUACAGUGUCUUCAGCAGUGUGGCUGUGUGGCACAACAACCAGAGGGAGGUGCCACUGCACACUGCCGCCCCGCGGAGAGUCAGGCUGCUGCUGGACUAUGACUCUGGGGAGCUGUCCUUUUACCACAUGGCCACCUCUCCCAUACUCUUAUACAGGUUCACAACCAAGUUCACGCAGGUCGUCUGCCCUGCAUUUUGGGCUGGACCGGGGACAAAACUAACUCUUCAUGAAGGCUCUGAUCUUUGAAUGCAAGUAGUUCACAGACUGAGAGAUGGGUUAGUAGGAUCUGUCUGCCAUUCGUAAACAUUUGAAAUGUCACAAAGGCGUUUUAAUGCUAAAUCAUUUUUCCAUGUAACUUUUUGCAGUGCAAUUGUUAUUGUUAAAAAAUCGAUACCAAUUGUAAAGGAACGCUACCUUCCUACAUAUUCUGGAGUAAUCAUCUGCUGUAUUAACAUUUGCUGCAUUGCGUCCAACACACUGAUCAGCAAGAUCAAGCAUGUUGACAUCCGUGCAUUUUUAAUAUAUAUAAUAAUGAAUUCAAUCUUUUUGUUGUGAUAGGGCAUGGUAGUUUGCAUAUUUAUUUCGGUAUGAUAUCUAAUGAUUUUUAGUGCUGCUAAAUAUUUCGGCAGUGAAUCAAAUCCCUUGCCUUGUAUUUUGCUACGAAUUCAUAAGGCAUGUUUUAUUUUGAGCUGUGGGUCCAUAAAUAUCAUCAAAGACAAUCAGAACUGUAACAGAAAACAAAACAACUUUUCACAGAAGAUGAAUGUAUAGACUCCCAAGUAUGUUAAACUAAAAUACAUGAACAUAUAUAUUUGAAUUGUUUGUUCAGUGUUUGCUUUUAUAGAAAACAUCAUUGCGUAUUUUAUAGCAAAGUGUUUAAUGUAAAAUAUAUUUCUUUCUAUA